GAAGAUGUCUAAAAAGAAGCUGAAGAAACUAGCUGGAAAGGAAGUCUCUUUGGACGGCCAGGAUGACAAAAACUCUGAAGACACAAGAUCUUACAAGCACACUGUGAAAGGAGAAACAGAACUUCAGAGAUCCAAACCAGAGAAAAAUAAGCAAGAGAAGAGGCGACACCACAGGUCUCGUGAUUUUCACAGUGCAGAUGGAAGAUCCCAGGAAAAAUCUCCAAAGAGAAGCAAAACUACGGAUGGUUCUUCAAUUCAAACUGAAAAGCAGAAGAAAAUAGUGAUCCAGUUUAAAGCCAAAGAAAUCAAACAUGGCAAAACCACCUGCACUCCAGGUGUGGUGACUGCCAGCAAGGAAAGAAGUCACUUUGAUGGAAUAGAAGGAAAAAGGCUCUGGCACAGCUUUGAACUUCAGAGGGAAAAGGCACUGAAGAAAAAGAGAGAGAAAGCUGAACUCCAUAAACUCAAGCUAAAAGCAGAACAAGCUAUGAUAGAAAAGUUUAAGUCCUCUGUGUACAAGGUACCACAUAAAAAGGCAGAGGGCUCAAAAAAGCAUAGUGAGGAUGUCAGAAUUCCCAAAAAGCCACUUGAGAGCUCUGCAAGGACUGGGCAUCGUGAUAGGCCUGCAGACAAGGAGCCAAGUACGUUAUCUAGCUUGUGGGAAGAAGAAGAGGAAGAAGAAUAUGAGGACUUUGCUGUGAAAAAGAGGUACAUGAGUAAACACAGAUCAUCACGCUCCUCAUCUGAAACUCCGCCACGAUGGGACUCUCGGAAGCACAAAAAACACGGCACCGGUUCUCCUAAAGCCCCUGAGCACUCAGGAACUAAACAAGGAGACUUGGAAGCCACAGCAUUGUGUUUUAAGCAGAAUGCUGAGGUCCCGUGCACGUCUGAGUCCUACCAGGGAGGUGAGGUCAGAAAGCCUUUGCCUGUCCCAAAGAUUUCUGAAGACUUUCCACCCCUUCAAGACAGUCAGAACGCAGAAACAGACCAAGAGAUGCAGAUUGUUGAAGACUUGCACAUUGCUCGUGUGGAGAAGAGGAUGGCCCUGUCUGUAGUACAGACCUGUGGAGAACUUACAAGCAUGGAGAUAGAUCUUCCAGAACAGGAUUUAAAUAUUUCUGCUGGGACUUUUAAUUCUGGUCUGAACAUCCUAGUGGUGAUUGACACAAAUAUAAUGAUUAGUCACCUUGAGUUUGUGAGAUCCCUGAAAUCUGAGGAUAUACCAGGAGUUGACAGACUUACAUUAAUAAUUCCCUGGGUCGUCCUACAAGAGCUGGACAACUUGAAGAAAGGGAAAAUGUUGCAGCAUGUUCGGGACAAAGCUAUUCCUGCAGUGCAGUUCAUCUACAAGUGUCUCAAGAACCAGGAUUUCAAACUGUGGGGGCAGUCCAUGCAGCUGGCUUCUCAAAAAAUGUAUGGGCUGAGUGAUGAGAACAAUGACGACCGUGUCCUGCAGUGCUGCCUGCAGUACCAGAAGUUCUUUCCACAAGCUCUUGUCAUCCUCUGCACGGAUGAUAAAAAUUUGUGUAAUAAAGCCAUUGUGAGUGAGGUCAAGGCAUUCUGCAAAGCUGAUCUGAUGACUGCUCUGCAGAAUGUGAGUGCAAACAGGCCCCAGAACUCUGAGGAGCUGCAGCAGUCAAAGCAGGAUACAGAAUUUGGAAAGGCAAGAGGUGAUGCUGGCUUUACUGGACAAUUCCCAAAUGUGCUUCCAGACCUUGAAAGGAACUUAGGAGAAGCUUUGUCUUGUAUUUUAGAGACUGAAAUGAAACUCGCAUUUGGAAACCUGUGGAUGGAGAUCUUGUAUCUGAAGCCACCAUGGACCUUAGCAAACCUGCUGAAAUGUUACAAAAAACACUGGAUGGCUGUUUUUGGUCAUGUGGUUCCAAGGAGUUUACUUUCAACCAUUGAAUGUCUUUCUAAACACCUUUAUGCAGAUAAACCAUUAGACUCCUCAACAGUGCAUAUCCUGCUUCAGGAAUCAAAAAAAUUGCUCCAUGCUUUCAGCUGCAGGUCAGACUACAAUGGCAUCCUGCCCCAGGCUUAUGCUGAAGUGACAAAACUGUGUGAAACCUUCGGGGAGGUGAGGGCAGAGAGUGAGCAGGAUUUAUCAGAAGACAUCAUGGUUCUUUCAGAAAAUGCUGCAUGUGAAAAAAUGGAAGCCACGCUGCCCAAUCUGCAAAGCACUGAGGAAAAAGAGCUACAUCCCAGCUUUCAUGUGACUCAGGAAAACAGGCACCAGGAAAUCUGGUCGGUCCUGGAAGGUGUUUGGAACACCAUGAACUUGUACAGUAUUGAGCUAUUCCAGAAGCUGGACCCCAGUGCAGUGACCAUGGCUGCCAAGGCCUCAUUUGAGGAGGCUUUUUUGGGGCUGCAGAAGCUGUUGGCAGCAGUGAAGGACAUCCGUGAGGGCAUUGGCAGAAUUUUGACCCCAACCAGCAGUUUCCAAGAUAUUUGGACCCUCUAUAGCUUCCUCAGAAGACAUGAGAUCAAUAACGGUCUGAAAUUCACUGCUGAGGAGCUGUAUGAGUGUGUUUCACAGGAGCUGUACAGGGAGAGGCUGGAAGUGGGCUGCUGCCAGCUGGCACAGCUGGAGCAGAUGCUGGAGCAGUGCCAGGCGGCCGUGCACAGGGAGGCGGAGAGCCGGGGCUGGCUCUGACCGCGGGGCUCCGCCUCCUCAGCGGCAGAGAGGGAAGUGCUGCAGGAGCCGGAACCUGCCGGCUUUUCUUCCUCAGAGGUGCCGGCUUGGGUCGGAGUUGAAGGGAGAACACAGUUCCACGUGGACAUUUAAUGUCGGGAUUUCUGCUAAGAAUUCUAUUCACUACUAGAAUGUUCGGUCUUGAGUGAGGGAGGAUAGCCAGGAGAAGCAGGGCUGGUUUGGGAUGCAGCAGCUGUGCUGUGCUGCUGUGAGCAUCCAGCAUUCCUGUGAGGAGCUGAGCUGUUAACAGUUGUAUAGGAAAACCCCUCUGUUUGUUUUACCGGUACUUUGCAAGUCUCAAGUGAGAGAAAGGAAUCUGUUGUGUCACCUGGGACACAAGGUCAGGAAGUAGCUGAGUGCAAGGCCAGGAAUGAAGGACUGACCCACAGACACAACAGUGUGUGUGUCCUGCGCAGUGAAGGCUUGAGAGGAUGUAAAAUGGGCAAAGAGCAGAUGCUUGUUUUUCCUUAAAGACAAAACAGACCCCCCCCACCCUCACGCAGGCGUUUGUCCUUUAUGACUUUUCAGAGGAAAAGGGUUUUUCUCAUUUGUGUAAGCAGGCAUUUUAUCUUCCUACAGUGGAAAUCUGCUAGCAGUGCUCUUGGGGAAACUCCCCAUCCUGCUCUGGCCACAUCCUCCUGGAAGGUGGGCCGGGUAGUCCCUGCUCUCCAGGUGACAUCCCUCUCUGGCUGCACUGCUGGUUGCUUUCCAGAACUGCUUUAAGUCCAUGAAACUUUCCAAAAGCCAUUUUCUAAGGCCUUUAAUGCUACCUCUUCUUGUAUGUAUUUGUACAGAGAUGAGCUGACUGGCAAAGUCCUGAAGUGUCUAUUUUGAUACUAACUUUUGGAUGUAUUUGUAAAUUCUUGAUUGUAAAAAUGUAAUUUAUUGUUAUAUUAAACAGUGGUUAAUUCUGAGUGGCUCUGUGCUGGCUCUGCCCAGGCCCCCAUGCCAGGGAGGGGGGUGGAAUUCCUCUUGAAGCACAGUGGCUGCGCGGGGCUGUUUCCAUGGGACUUCUCCAGCCCUGGGAGCAGGGUGGGAAUGUUGGUUCCAGGGGCUGAUGGGGGCACGUUGUGUCCCGACCCUGGCCUGGGAGGGGCUGUUGUGGAGGAUGAGUCUUUCUGGCUCUCCCAGGCAUGAGGGACAUGGGACACUCCACCCCCUGCCCCUCUCCUGUGCCCACAUCCAUCUGAAAUGUCACUUUUAGUAUCACAGACUCCUCUUUGGACACCUCCUUGAAGAAAAGGACACAGAGCCAGGUCAGGGCACACCUGUGGUGCAAGGGUUUCCCAAAAGGUACCUUUAAUGUGUUUGCAGCAGCAGCAAGCAAUCAGUGCUAGUUUUGGCACCCAGAGUUAGAUGUGCAGCACUACACAUUAGACACCAAGUUAUUCCACCCCAAUGUUUGAUCCAUAGGAAUAGAGAAAGUGAACUAAAUCAGGACUAUGAGCACAUACAAAAUAAAGUUAUUUGUGUUCUAUCACACUUCCAGCUGGUAAUAUUAGAAAAAUAAGACAGGUACUACAACACAUUUUCUUUGCCAGCUGGCAAGAGUUUAAAACCCAUGAGAACCCCCCUCCCCAAACUGUUGUACAAAGAUCAGCUCACCCAGAGUAACAAAACUGCUGUACAGAAAGCACACUCUGCAUUGUCUUCAAAAUACUCGGAGCCAGAAUCCUUCUCCCACCCUAGGAAGUCUGGGUGUGUCACGUCCAGAAACCCUGUGCAGCUCUAAGGAAAGUGGUGCAGACUAACUCACAUUAUUGCAGCUCACCUGUGGGGGCAAUCCACUGUCCCACUGGGGCUCUAGAGAAACUCCAAGGCUGUCUCUUUGUUUCAAUAACCAUUUAUCUGUCAUUUGCAUUUCAACAGACAAAACACUCUGCUGAGUAUAUAAAAACUGUUAUAAAAAGGCAAUUGUAAAAGAUAAGGUAUUAGCAGAGGCAUGUCAGCUUUUUUAAUAAAAAAAAUAGCCAUUGUAUCUAUUUAAAUAAGGCUUUUUGUUACAGAUUGUUCCAGUUACUGAAGGAAACCAAGGCCUGAUGAAAGAAAAAAACAUUAUCCCCCACAACUGUUACCCUUCCUGCCCCAAGAACACACCUCCAGGAAGUCAUCCAAUGUGCAAAGUGACAAACACUGGGGGAAGCUCCUGAAAUGAUAUGCCCAGUCUAGUUUCUCUUGCAUUAUCAUCAAAAUCUUAAAACAAAACCAAAACCUUUAAAGUUCUAAAAUACA